AUGCUCCAUGAAGCUGCUGAUCGGGGUCACGCGCAAGUGCUGCAACUGCUGCUGACUGCUUGGCCGGAAGGUGCGCAAGCGAGGAAUAGUUUUGGCCAAGUGCCCUUGCACUCGCCUGGAAGUGUUGAAGUUGCACAGCUUCUACUGGAACAAUGGCCUGAUGGCUUGAAGGUUGCCGAUAGCACUGGACAGCUUCCCUUACACCGCACAGCCAGUCAUGACCGUGAGUUUGUACAGCUCGAGCUGGUACGGCUCCUGAUGCAAAAGUGGCCAGAUGCAUUGCAGGUAGUUGAUCAGGCAGGAGGAACGCCGCUACACCGCACAUGCCGGCAUGGCAAUGCGGAGGUUGCAAAGGUUUUUGUUGAGCAGUGGCCAGCUGGGUUGAACGUCACAGACCGCAGAGGGGGGUUGCCCUUGCACUGGGCAGCUCACAGUGGCAGCAUUGAGCUUAUGCAGUUCCUUUUGGAGCGGUUGCCCGAUGCGCUGCAUGUGCGUACAGGGCGCGGGGAAACAGUCUUGGAAAUCGCUGCUGCGCGUGAACCUCUAGAUUACGGUGAUGGCGCCUUGCAACUGGCGAUGUGGAUUUUCAACAGGUCUCAACCGCUGCCCUUCAAAAACUCCAGGUUUGCAUGUACGUUCUUGAUCCAGGUGGCCUGCAGCAACAGCUUUGAGGUCAGUCAAGAGUGGACGGAUGCUGCAAGAGAGCUGAAGUGUCAUCAAGCAAAUAGGCUGUUGAAGCCAGCGUUGCAGCUAUGGCUUGAUGUUUGCGACGGCAGCCCCAGCUGGAAGGACUCUUACCAAAGGCCACUUGUGCACAACUUGUAUGAUUUUGAAGCGAAGGACUUUCUGGAAUCUCGCAUGCCGGCAGAUGCAGUCAUUUCCAUGACCCUUUCCGCAUUCAUCACGUGGUUUGUUCUGGCCGCAGUUGCAAUUGCAGCUUGUGCAGCUGUGUGCCUUGAGCGGCUCGCCGUACAGCUGACGCAGUGCCGAAACCGGCGCCAUCCAGGUCAGACACGGCCUGCUGCAGAUCCAUUCUUGCCGGGCGCCAAAGUAUUGGUGGGGCAAGCUUUUGCCAGGCGGUCGUGGCUUCUGCGGCUGUGGCGUUGGCUGGAGGUAUUAAUUGCCAUUUUCUGGUUUGGGUUUUCGCUGUUGCUCUUGCACUGGGUGUGGUGGUUGCCACUAGUGGCACUGGCCCACAUCGUCCCCGCAGCUCUGCUCUAUGGAGUUGGAAAGCUCAUCCAGGCCCCCGUGCUGGCCAUCAUGACAAUGGGCACGGCUGCGCAGGCCGUCAUCCAGAAAGUCAUCGCCUUGUUUCGCACGUUGGUUUUAACAACGAUAUUUCUGGUGGCGCUCGGUGUCGCGCAGUACAACCCAGUUUCGCUGUCUUUCAUGGGGAUGGUUCAGAGGAGCAUGAUCAACCCCGCGUACCGUACGUGGCUUUCAGAUAUCUAUGAUGUGUGGCAGAAGUCCCGGCUUCAUGAUCGCCGUUUUCUUCGAUGGGCGCCGGAUGUCAAAGCCAAUGACCUCUUCUUGGGAGUCACGUACACGUUGAUUGGGUUGCUUUGCCUCUACCUGACAUGUUUGCUUUGUGCCGCUUUGAAUGGUUGUGCGCGGCGCUGGCUUGGUUCGGCUGGUCGGGAACACAUUCAUUCUGAGCAAGUGCCAUCCAGCGACAGCGAAAAGCAGCGGGUGGUCUGGGACUUGCUUGCAAACCCAAAGGACAAGUUUCCAGAAGUGCAUAAAAAGAUCAAGCCCGUCGUCGCUUUGACUUGGCCUUGGCGGGGCGGCGGGCUGUGGCGGAAUGUAGCUUUGCUGCUGCUGGAUGUCGGCCUUGACAUGAACACCAUCUUUGCCUUCCUGGCCUCCAGAGAUUUUAUUUUCGCGUCGCUGACAUCCUUUCUGGUGAUUCGCAGCAUCCUGAAGCAGGUGAUGGUCCUGCCCCCGUGGCGUCUUUGGCAGGCGGUCCAGGGCAGCGCGCAACGAGGCCUUGUGCGGAAGGACCUUCUGGAUUUCCUCGAAGCGGAGGAAAAGCGCUCAGAAGCUUUCUUCUGCGGUUGUGUCACGGCCUACUCUGUAUGCUUCUCCAUCCGGCUCGGAUGCGUUGCUGCAUUUUGCUACGAGCGGGUGCCAGUGGUUGGAAUUUGGCACCUGCAGCCUAUAACUUCAACGGAUGUAGUGGCUGCCAGCAGCGUGCAGGAAGCCGUGCCUGGCCGGCAGGACGGCUGCAGUUUACAUGAAGCCGGUCUGAAGUUGCCAAGCCCCGCGCCAGAGGACAGCCGCAGUUUGCAUGAAGCCUGUUCGGCAUUGCCCAGCUCUGCACCAGAGGGCUUUCCUGCUGAAGAGAUGAUCCAGAAAGACGAGGUUGAGGAGACGUGGGUGUCCGUAGUUGCCAGCGACACGAAGGAGUCGCCCUCCUCUGCUCUUCCAAAGGAUGACAAGGUCUUGAGUAGGCAAACUGAGUCGAGUUUUGCAGCCCCAAAGGGGAAGACGCCCAAAGUGCGCGCGAAGAAGAAGCCCGGGCCGCGCGGCCAGAAAUCCAAAUUUUCCAAGCCUCCUGACUUGAUAAUUGGUGCCUCAGAACAGGCAAGCAAGUCGUGA